UUUUUUAAAGUUGUAUGGGAAAAUCUUCGCCCAAUGCCUGCGGAAAAGCAAAAAUCAUAUGACGAAUUACCCAAAGUUUUAAAUGAAAAUGAGAGAAAAUCCUUGCUUAAUAGACUUGUUGUUGUUAAAUUAAAUGGAGGAUUAGGUAAAUAAUUUUUAAAAAUAAAUAAAAAUUGAAUUAAGGUACAACAAUGGGAUGUAAAGGGCCUAAAUCUUUGGUGGAAUUAAGCAAUGGAAUGAAUUUUCUUGAAUUUGUUUUGCGCCAGCAUGAGGUGAAUAUAAAGAAAAUUUUGAUUUUUCGAAAUUCAGAAUUAAAUAAAAAAGAUAUUCUGAUUUUUUGUUUAAUCAGAAUUACUAUUCAGAAUUAUUAA